AUGCUGGUCUCCAAUACCUCUACAGCGCUGCGUUUGUUGCCUAUACCACUCGUGCUCAUCAUAUAUUGUAUUUUCAGUCGCUUCCAUGGCUACAACAAUGCAUCUCGUUACAGUCCACCUCCGUUGGUCAGCACCAACGCACCCCCGUCGUCCAACACCAAAGCUGCGGCUGUGGCGAGCUCGACCAACUUUACUGAGACCAAAUCAAAUUCCAGCCCUAUAGUGAGCAGUUUCUGGAAGGAUCUUGCUAUCGCCCUCGAAAACGCUCGACCUCAUUGUUCACCCCUCAGUGUUGAAGACGGUCAUCCAACAGAUUCAGAGACAACUUUCGAGCCUGUGAAUACGACAAAAAGACCUCCUGACCGGCUAGUGGAUUUUACAGACAAACACGAAAUCGCGUUGCUGAGAGCCCACUACGUUAUGCGUACCUCCGCGCACCGGCUCGCGGGCCAUCUCAUCUUCUCCAAAGGCAAACAGGGGAUCGUCACGACUACAGAUACAAAGCACAUACCUGUCUCUCUGGUGUCACUCCGUAUGUUGCGAAGAACAGGUUGCCAGCUACCUGUUGAAGUCUUUAUGGAAGACUGGACCGAUUACGACCCCAUCAUCUGCGAAGUCAUCCUCCCUUCAUUGAAAGCGGCGUGCGUGGUCCUCUCUGAGAUAACAGAGGUGUCCUCGGACUACGAGGAAUCUACGAGCUAUCGACUCAAGCCUCUCGCCAUUCUGUUCUCAUCUUUCCAGCACGUUCUCUUUCUUGAGAGAGAUGCCUUUCCUGCUCAGGACCCUGUGGCCCUCUUCUCCACUGCUCCAUACACGGUUCAUGGCCUUGUGGCCUGGCCUGACCUCUUCGGCCUUGCAGUAUCUGAGCAUUACUACCAUAUUGCCGCCAUCCCAUACUAUUCUCCAUCCUCCCGAGCUUCAACCGACAGUGGAAUCAUUCUUAUGGACAAAGAUAAGCACCGCGAGUCUUUGCUGAUGAUGGUCUACUACAACCACUAUGGCCCAGACUACUACUAUCCCCUCCUUUGCCAAGGGUCGCACAGCGCAGGGAGCAAAGAAACGAUUAUCCAAGCCGCCAUGGCGGUCGAGGCGCCCUGGUAUCAAGUCAAGACCGGCGUAACCGGACUCGGGUACUUUGAAGACGGUGAGUAUCGUCUGAGCGGUAUGGCACAGAUGGACCCGAGGACGGAUUACCAAUACAAGCCUCCGAGCAGAAGUCACACCCAUCCUGAAGACCGGUGGGAGGCUGCUGAUCUCGAAGAUGGAGGCAGGGUACCAACGGCACCAAAGCCAAUGUUUGUGCAUCAGAAUAUGCAUGAGCUCGACCCUGCUCACAUACUAUCCACGGGAGGGACGAACGCGAAGACGAGUGACGGCAAGUACACGCGUAUGUGGGGCGACCUGAAAGGCACGGUCAAGAUGUUUGGGUAUGACAUCGAAAGGCGAAUGUGGGAGGUGGUGAUUGAAGAAGGGUGCAGAGACGACGCGGAGCUCGAGUCAUGCGCGAACUUGCGAGAGUUCUUCGUCGACGUAUUCGGGCUUCUCGACAGCGUAGAUGAGUAG